UAUCAAAAUUCACGACCAUAUAUUUCAUCUUUAAAAUCGUCACCGCCUCCCGGCGAUCGUAAGCUUUCUUGUAACUCUAAUGGCGGUAGGGCCAGAUUCGAGUUCUUCUCUCUUGAGCGAACAGAAAGAGGGGAAACCUCUUAUAGUAAUCCUCGUCGGUGCUCCUGGAAGUGGGAAAUCAACUUUCUGUAACGAUGUCAUUAGCGGCGCUCGACGCACCUGGACUCGUAUUUGUCAGGACACUAUAGCGAAUGGAAAAGCUGGAACUAAAGCUCAGUGUUUGCAAAGUGCAAUUAAUGCAUUACAGGAAGGUAAGAACGUCUUAAUCGAUCGAUGCAACUUGGAGCUCGAGCAGCGGUCUGAGUUCUUGAAACUCGGUGGAACGCGAGCCAAUGUGCACUCAGUGGUUCUCGAUCUGCCUGCUCGAGUUUGUAUAUCUCGUUCGGUGAAGCGAACUGGGCAUGAAGGGAACCUACAAGGGGGAAAAGCUGCGGCUGUCGUCAACCGGAUGCUACAGAAGAAGGUGCUACCGAAAUUGAACGAAGGAUUCUCAAGGAUUACGUUUUGUCAGAACGACGAAGAUGUUAAAACUGCUGUAAAUACAUAUAGGCUUUUGGGGUUAUUUGAUAAUUUGUCAUCUGGUGUUUUUGGUCAAAAGAGCGAGGAUUCUAAAGUUCAACAAGGGAUUAUGAAAUUUUUGAAGAAAGUUGACACUGAUGAAUUUGGUUCUGAGAAUUCAUCUUCUAAGGAUAAAUACAAGGAAAAUAAUUCUUGUUCCAUGGUAAUCGAAAAGGGAAACGAGGCUGGAGAGGAUGAACAAAAUAAUGAUUUACAAUGGAAUGAUGCCCCUACUUUGGCAUUUCCAUCCAUUUCAACUUCAGAUUUUCAGUUUAAUAUGGAUAAAGCAUCUGAUGUUAUUGUGGAGGCUGUUGCUGAUUUUUUGAGUAAGGUUGAGAAGGUCGAACUUAUUCUGGUGGAUCUAAGUCCUAAAUCAAAGAUAAUUUCUUUGGUUAAGUUCAAAGCAUCAAAGAAAAAUGUUGAUACCAACAGAUUUUCAACAUAUGUAGGAGACAUAACUCGGCUUUAUUCAAGAGGAGGACUGAUAUGUAAUGUGAUUGCCAAUGCUUCCAACUGGCGGCUGAAACCUGGGGGCGGAGGGGUUAAUGCAGCCAUUUUUAACGCUGGAGGUGAAGCCUUAGAAAUUGCCACCAAGGAACAGGCUGACACCAUUAGUCCUGGAGGCUCCGUUAUUGUUCCUCUUCCUAGAACUUCUCCCCUCUACCAAAGGGAAGGUGUGACUCAUGUCAUACAUGUUUUGGGACCAAACAUGAAUCCUCAAAGACCAAACUGCCUUAAGGAUGACUAUGAAAAGGGCUGUAAGGUUCUUUAUGAGGCAUACACCUCACUUUUCAAUAAAUUUGCAUCUAUUGCACUUCGCCAAAAUUAUCAAAAAGAAUAUUGCGGAGAUUCUAAGUGCGAACCUUCCAGUUCAUUUGGGAAUUUUUUUGGGUCAGUGGUUGAACGUCAGCCUUCCCUUAGUGAGCCAAUGAGCAAGCGAGAAGUUAGCCACGAUUAUGAUAGCAACAAAAAAUCAAAAGCUAAUGGUGGCGACUUUGGAAGCUUAUCUCAAGGCUUUGUUGUUCUGGAGAAAGAGAAGCAGAACAGUGAGGGAACUGAUCGCUCUGCGAAGAUAUCUUGGGGUUCAUGGGCUCAUGCUCUUCACCAGAUUGCAAUGCAUCCUGAGAAGCAUAGUCGUGAUGUUAUCGAGAUAUCGGAUGAUUUCGUUGUAAUAAAUGAUCUUUAUCCCAAGCAGGCAACGAAGCACAUUCUGGUGACAUCGAGGCUUCCUGGUCUUGACUGCCUUGCUGAUAUUCGUAGAGAACAUCUUCCAAUGUUGCAAAAAAUGCAUGCCGCUGGUCUCAAAUGGGCUGAGAAAUUCAGUAGUGAUGAUCCUUCUCUAGUAUUUCGACUCGGUUAUCAUUCGGUUCCUUCGAUGCGGCAAUUGCACCUUCAUGUUAUCAGCCAGGAUUUCGACUCGACUCAUCUCAAAAAGAAGAAACAUUGGAAUUCAUUCAAUACUCCUUUCUUCCGAGAUUCCAUUGAUGUGCAUGAAGAGAUCAAUAUUAAUGGAUUGGCAACCCUAAAAGAUGAAAAAAUACUGUCCUCAGAACUGCGUUGUCAUCGCUGUAAGAGUGCUCAUCCAAAUAUUCCAAGGCUUCGAUCUCACAUCGCCGCUUGCAAAACUCCUUUUGCUUCUCAUCUUCAAAAUGGCCGACUGGUUUUUGCAGCAUCAGGAUCUCCUGAACCUGCAAGUGACAUAUAAUCCUGUUGAAAUAAGUAUUUUCUUAGGAAGACUUACAUACAUACCACUUAAUGCCUAUGUAUUUACAUAUCUAAAACCAAAACUUUCAAGUUUUA